UCAUUUCUUCUUCCAAUCGGCGACGGUGAAUCCAGGCAGACGACGGCGAAUCGAAGGUAGACACGACGGAAUCCUUCUCCACGAACCCUAUUUUCUCGGAACCCUAAUCGAAGCAAUCGCGAAACCCUAAUCGAAGAUAAUCGAAGCAAUCGCGACAAUGAAGAGGAAGAAGGAUCUACACAUGCAUGGAGCUCCUCCGGAUCCGCCUCCUCGGACUGGAAAUCCGCCUCCUCCCACUGGAAAUCGGCAGCUACCACCACUUGCCCCUCAAAAUCAACCCCGACCACGUAAUCCAAUGGCACCGACGACUGCUUAUUGUGCAGGGAAGAAGCGCAAGCGAUCUAGUGAAAAGCAAAAAUGCGCAUUGUGUCGCCAACCCGGUCACAAUAGGGCACGCUGUCCAAGUACCAUAGCUAACAUGUUUGCCAAUCCAGCCUCAUCCUCGGUGAUGGGUGACAACCAAGGCAGUUCAUCUACUGUGAAGAAGUCAUAAACAGUAGUGUGGUUUUAGUUUUUUGGGUAUGGAAAGUGCAUAUUGGUCCUGAACAUUAGCGAAUUGUGUAACUUUUUGGUUUGGGCAGUGCCCAUUGGUUUGUGGGGUUUAUAAACUGUUAGCUUAUUGUGUUUUGGUUUGGGAAGUGCAUAUUGGUCCUUAGCAUAUUCAUGAAUUGUGUAACUUUGUGGUGU